UGCACUUGUGCUAGAGCCAACAAGAGAUAUGCUUGUCGAAGCUUGGAGCGGCUAAUCAUUCUUUCCAGUUUUGUUGACGAAGCAGGGAACACGAGAGCAUGUAUCUUGCUGGCAGAGAGGGGAGAUUGAAACCUAGCAGGCUUAGUUGCAAAAGGUUGCUUUCUUGGUUGGCAUGCAAGAGUUUUUGGCAGUGGUGAUGGACAAAGACUUUGGAGGGAGAAGAAGAGAAGAGGUUAUCGACGGUGCUUUGUAUCAGAUGUUAAGGACAAGAGGAAUGACAAGCAAUUCACAUGGCCGGCUUGUGUUGAUUUUCAUCUUGCCUUCAAAGGACAAAGGCCACAUCCUUAUCUUCAUUUUCAUUUCUCAUUCCAGUAUUGUCUGAAUCGAAUCUUCUACCUUUCUUUAAAUUUGUGUUGGGCUUUUUGAUUCUUCAACUGGGUCUCCUCUUCUUUCUGGUUUGAUGGGUUUCUUUCGUUUCCUCCCCUCAACUUUGGUCCUCGGUUCUUCGGGUGUUUGCUUUACAGAGUUUAUUGUACUUUAGAAACCUAUCUAUUGGUGUGCUGAGAAAAUCCACUGAUUGCAAUUGUUUUUCUUCUAGAAAGCAGAAGCAUUUUCUCAACCAUACUACAAAUGUAACUACCAUUCGUCAUAGUCAAUUCUCGCCUGUUGGAGGAAAGAAUGAAGAAAAGAUAUCGGUUGAUAGUGCUACGAGUUUAAAAUCAGAGAAUUCCUGAAAUUUGAAAUACGAAAGAGGUGGAAAAGAUCGUGAAGGCUCUAAAAAGACCGUUCGUAUGAACACAGAGGAGAUGAGCAACAGUACCCAACGGACGAGAUGACUGUUGGAUUUUAAACUAGUCUGAGACGCUUUCUGGAUCAUGCAUCGACCGAUUAUCAGCGACGCUUUUUCGAUCACCGAAGACGACAGUCAGAGGCAUAGUCGAAGACGUGCCGGAGGCGGCAGCGGACGACUCUGAUGAUAUUAUUUUUUGAUGAACAAUGAAACGCCACGUAAGAGAAUAGCGGCCGAAGGGAGAGGAGAAAGUUUCGAAAGAGGGAGAGAGUUUCGAGAGAGAGAAAAUUGGGACUGAAGGAGAGGAGUUUGGAAGGGGGAAAUCUCUAAGAGUUUUUCCUUCGAGCUGCCGAAUUGAGAAUUGGAGAGAAAGAGUUUCAGGAGAGACCGAGAGAGGGGCGAAAGAAAAAUAGGAAGGCGAGAGAGAGUUUCAAGAGAAAGAGACUGAGAGAAGAGAGGAAGAAACUAAUAAAAUCUAAUGAAAACUGAGAAAGAGAGGAAGAAAGUCUGACAGAGAGAGAAGAGCGGCGAUUCAAAGCAAAAUCCACGAUCCCCAUCUCCCUUCCGGGGCCAUCAUCCUUCGUCCGGCGGAUCUUCGACUGGCUCUGCCGUCGACCUACCACAGCUCUGCCGUUGAAGUUUCAACCUACCACUUCUCUGCUGUCGACCUGCUCCCACUGCCACUACCGAACUGCCGAACUACGAGUUCCAUAUAAUUCAUCGAGCUCUCCGAACCCAAGCUUCGCUAGUCCUGCGAAUACCGGCAUCGUUGUUCCUUGUGAAGGUCACAAGAGCAAUGGGUUCGAAUGAGGUGGGCUUUGGAAUGAAGGAAUCUUCCAAGGUUGGGAUUGGUAAUGGAACUUAUGGUGCUGUUGUACUUGGAGGAACUUUUGAUCGAUUGCAUGAUGGACAUCGACAUCUUUUGAAGGCAUCAGCAGAGUUAGCCAAGGAUCGGGUUGUGGUGGGAGUGUGUGACGGACCAAUGCUGGUCAAGAAAGAGCUGGCACACAUGAUCGAACCCUUUGAGAUGCGGAUGAAGGCUGUAAAGAACUACAUAGAGUCCAUCAAACCAGGACUAACAGUGCAAGUUGAACCUAUCAUUGAUCCAUAUGGGCCAUCAAUUGUUGAUGAUAACUUGGAUGCCAUUAUUGUCAGUAAAGAAACUCUGGGUGGUGGAAUCUCUGUCAACAAGCGGAGAGCUGAGAGAGGUCUGCCACAAUUGAAGAUUGAGGUGGUGGAUCUUUUGCCUGAGGAAAGGAGUGGUGAGAAGCUCAGUUCAAGUGCAUUGAGGAGACUUGAGGCUGAGAAAACCAAGCAGAACAAGGAGCACUCAGAGGAAAAAAGCAGCUAAUGUUGUGUGAACGAAUCCCGGGGUGAACAGAACAAUAUAGCAGGGAAAAUAUGGCAGAAUCAACGAGUUAACAUUGGCAGCAGCAGGGUCAAUGUUAAACAAUUGACACGUAUAGUAGCAACAUCAGAAAAAAUAACAUUCUGACUGCAUGCAGUUGGGUUUUGGGAUGGCUCAGUUGAAGGAGUACAAAUAUAAAUAUGUUGAGUACAAAAUCUUAUAUUUUGUAUGUAUUUGUACUGUAUAUUUUUGUAUUUAUACUCCUUCCAAACUGAGCCGAAAGAACAAAAAUGAGGUGCAAUCUGCACUUCAAGAAUAUAGUUGCAGUUGCACCAAACAGAGAACGAGGAAGAAUAUGAUCCAUGAUAAUUUGACAUUUUUUGUUGUUUUUUCUUUCCUGUAAAAGUUGUUUGGGUGAUGUUAUUCUUUUUAGAUGCUUGGAAAAUUUGUGUUUCAUUACCAUGCUAUAUGGAGUUAAGUGAUUAUUGACUUGCGCA